UUCAACUCUUCUUCUUCAUCUUCUUCCCAUCACCAUACAUCUCUCUCUCUUUCUCUCUCCUCUGUGUUCAGUGUUGCGGUGUUCUGUGGCGAAAAGGGUAACCUUUAGACAAGGGAAAAAAGCGAAAACAGGAAGAAGAAAGAAGGAAAAACGAAGAAGAAUGGCUCUGAAACUCAAUUACAUUCCAUUUCAGUCUCGUAACUUCACUACUUUAUCUCUUCCACCAAUGGCGAGCUUCAGAUCUCCGAAAUUCGUUAUGGCAUCUACACUCGGCUCAAAUACUAAGGAAGUUGAGAACCUAAAGAAGCCUUUUUCUCCUCGUGAACUUCAUGUCCAAGUAACACAUUCUAUGACACCACAAAAGAUCGAAAUGUUCAAAGAACUUGAAGAUUGGGCUGAAGAGAACAUAUUGAUUCAUUUGAAGCCGGUUGAGAAAUGUUGGCAACCACAAGACUUUCUCCCUGACCCAGCUUCCGAUGGAUUUCAUGAUCAAGUCAAGGAACUAAGGGAAAGGGCGAAGGAGCUACCUGACGAUUAUUUCGUUGUUUUGGUUGGUGAUAUGAUAACCGAAGAAGCACUUCCUACUUACCAAACAAUGCUGAAUACGCUUGAUGGAGUUCGCGAUGAAACAGGCGCAAGCCCGACUUCGUGGGCGGUUUGGACUAGAGCUUGGACCGCUGAAGAGAAUAGGCACGGCGAUCUCCUCAAUAAAUAUCUAUAUUUAUCUGGCCGAGUUGACAUGAAGCAAAUUGAGAAGACAAUACAAUACCUCAUUGGUUCUGGAAUGGAUCCACGAACGGAAAACCACCCAUACCUCGGGUUCAUCUACACAUCAUUUCAAGAAAGAGCAACAUUCAUUUCUCAUGGAAACACAGCGAGACUAGCAAAAGAAAACGGAGACAUAAAACUUGCUCAAAUAUGCGGAACAAUAGCUGCUGACGAGAAGCGACAUGAGAAUGCAUACUCGAAGAUAGUUGAGAAGCUAUUCGAGAUAGAUCCGGAUGGGACAGUUAUUUCUCUGGCUGAUAUGAUGAAGAAGAAAAUAUCAAUGCCUGCUCACUUGAUGUAUGAUGGUCGAGACGAGAAGCUUUUUGACCAUUUUUCAUCAGUGGCUCAGCGGUUGGGAGUUUAUACAGCCAAGGAUUAUGCAGAUAUACUGGAGUUUUUGGUUGUAAGGUGGAAAGUGGAGAAGUUGAUGGGAUUAUCGGGUGAGGCACAAAAGGCGCAGGAAUAUGUUUGUGGAUUGGCACCGAGAAUUAGAAAGUUGGAAGAAAGGGCGCAAAGUAGGGCUAAGCAAACGGCUACAAUUCCAUUUAGCUGGAUCUUUGACAGAGCAGUUAAGCUUUGAGAAGGUGGUUUUUGUUUGUGUUUAUUUUUUUUAAUGAUUUUGUGGGAGAAGGAAGGCAUUUACUUUGUCUAUUCUAUUCUAGGACUAUGUAUAUGUAUAGAUAUGAUUGUUGUUUGUGGUGUCAUUAUUGAUCAUUUGGGUUCUUCUUUCCUUUUGGAAUUUGUAUUUUUACUUUUUGAUUUGAAACUUAUUGUAUUUAACAUGUAAUUGAUAUUUCACUUUUUCAUUUCAUGGCUAAUUAUAUGGAAAGUUGUGGUUA